CGGCAAGUGGUGAAUCCCACCAACACACAGCUGCUCAUCAUCAUCAUCGUCUUGCUCGCACAUAACAACAACGUCUUCCUCUCUCUCUUUCUCUCGCCACACUCGUCACUCCCUCGCCGUUAUCCCCCGACCUCAACUGGCACCUUGACAUUCGUUGCGAGGUCUUGUACGCACACUCUCCCUACCCCCUAACCCCCCCCUCCAUUGGCUUGUGACCAUGCCAGACAAGGACAAGGAGUCAACAGGCACCUCGCCCCCGCCGGCCCCGCCGCCGCCCUCUUCAAGUCUGACCGCUAGUGGACGACUCGGACAACAAGCGCAGGGCAGCGCCCAGUCUUCUGCUGCCGCUGCUGGUCCUGCAUCAUCCCCCACUCCCACGAUCCGCCCUCCCGCAAGAGUCCAGCCACCUUCCCCCUUGGGUCUCUCCGGCAUGCCUCCUCACACUUUCUCUGCUACCACUCCGCAGAGAUCUUUGGGUCGAGGACGGCCUAGACCACCUACAAACUUUGGAAUCGGUGGCAUCAGCACGCCCCAGACUCCCCUCUCCCCCUCUCCAGAUCCUCCGGGUAUGCCCAUCCCCCGUCGCCACCGUGGCUCAAACGCUUCCAGUGUGACCGAUGAAGAGGACCACGCCACCCCGCGCAACACCGGUUACUUCCCGCAGAUGCCAGAGUCACGCCGCGUGAGCGAGGUGCGUGGGCUUCCCUCGGGCGCCCAGUCACCCCUUCCUCCGACCGCUGGCUCCAUAGGCCAGGGACGUGCACCGCGUCCCAAACUCACCACAACCGCACCUGCUUCGGCAGCUCCUUCUCGCUCGGCGUCUCGCGUGCGUCUCCCCCAACUCAAGGACAUGGACGAUGACGAGGACGACGAACUGAACGUCACUGAUCGCGGCGAAGAACUCAUCCGCCGUCGUCAGAAGGAACGCAAGCGCGCCAAGCGCGAGCGCGAGCGUCGCGCCCUUGCCGAGAUGGAGGUCGGCGAGGAGGAUGAGGCCGGCGACAACCUCCCCGCUUCGGCGAUGAGCGAGGGCAGCGUUCUCAUGUCCCAGCCCGGCCAGAGCCCCGUGCGCGGGUACAACCAGAGCUCGAGCUCUUCGCGUCACCGGGCGGCGGGCGGCAGUCGGCUUGUUUCAGGGAGCGCCCUACUGUCUCCUCGUCCUGCUUCCGAAAGCGUCGAGCGCGAGCCCUCGUCGGCUGGCCGCCCACGUGCCGAGUCGGUACAGUCUCGCGCAGUCGAUGACGAUGAGAGUCGGGAGCGCCUUGCUGUGCCCCCCGUGGAGGUUGAUGCCACGACAGACGGGUAUCAUUCCGAUAGCGAGGGAUCUGCUAUGGACGACGACGAGGACUCGGACGACGCCAGCCCAGACGACGGUGAGGGCGUCACCGUCAAAGAUCGCCAAGACGCUAUCAACAUUGAGCACCCCUUCGGCCUGCCUAUCUGGAAGCCCGCGCUGUACCGCAAGUCGCGCUCGGUGACUCGCAAUGCCGAGGCGGCUUUGCACUCGGCACCAACGAGUGACAGCCACAAUCUCCUUCUCGGGAACAUCUUCUGGCUCGUUGCUUUCGGAUGGUGGCUUGCACUCGUAUGUCUCUUCGCUGCCAUGCUUGUGAGCGGUGCGGAGGUGCUUGCGGGCGGCCGCGGCGGUUACGGUCGUUUGACUCGCGGCUUGGCCUGGUACAUCUGGUGGCCCUUCGGCAAGUAUGUCGAGGGAGAAGGAGCUCCACACGAGGACUCGAGCAGCAGCGACGAAGAGGUACACCACGAUGAGGAGAACAACACAAGCAGCUACGGUGCGACGUCGUCGAGCAACACUCCCCGCCGUGCUCUCUCUGCCUCGACUUCCUCGUCUACUACAGUGCGCCAGACUGCGGCUUCGGCACUCGACAUGCUUCCGGACGAGCCUCACACACCUCAAAACCAGGCUUCAAUCUCAGCGCAGCAAGCAGGCCGCAAGCAUGGCGUGUCUUUUGCGCCUGGCUGCAAGAUUGGCACUCCUGACCUCGAGAACGUCCCGCUACUCGGCAAACCUCCCGCCACCGCGUGCUUCCGCAAGCAUGUCAACAAGCGUGCAAAGUUCGCUGGCUCGCUUGUUUACUGGCCCGUGUUCUUCCUCAUCAUCGCUCCCACCAUGCUCACUAUCUGCAUCAUCUGCUGGUUCCUCGUCGUCACGAUCCCCAUGGCCAAGCUCAACUGGGAGCUUCUCGAGCUUCUAUGGAAUCGCCCGCUCGAGAUCGGCUUCCGUCCGGCUCCUACAGUGCCGGUGUAUGACCUGCCUCCUGCCUCCGACAACAGCGAGAACGGCAACGGCGAUGUCUCGGACUCGCCCAUUGGGUACACGCUCCGCCGUGUCCGCAUCAACGCAGGCCAGGUCGCUCCUACUCCGGGCCCGGCGUCGACAGUCCUCCUGUGCGUUUACCGCGCUGUUGGUAUCCAGUACUGCAAGUACACGGUCGGCGGUGUGAACAUUAUGUUCAUCAACCUCAUGCCGAUCGUGUUCUUCGCGAUUAUUGAUGGGCUGAUCAUCUUGCCGGCGGUGGAGCAUCGCCACGAACAUCACCAGAGCGUACCCAAAUGGCUCGACUUCAUUGCCAACCCUGCACUCGUCUUCCUCCUGGGUCUUGCCUCUGUUAUCCCACUAUCGUACUUCAUUGGUAUGGCUGUCGCUUCGAUUUCCGCGCAGUCCUCAAUCGGCAUGGGCGCGGUCAUCAAUGCGACAUUCGGCUCCAUCAUCGAGAUCGUGCUGUACGGCAUUGCUCUCACGCAGGGCAAAGGAAGAUUGGUAGAGGGCUCAAUCGUCGGGUCCAUUCUCGCCGGUGUGCUUCUCAUGCCUGGCAUGUCGAUGUGCUCUGGCGCCUUGAAGCGCAAGGAGCAGAAGUUCAACGCCAAGUCAGCUGGUGUCACGUCGACCAUGCUUAUCAUGGCGAUCAUUGGCGUGUUGACGCCCACGAUGUUCUAUCAGUCGUAUGGCAACUUCCAGCUCCGCUGCGAAGGUUGCCCUCAGCCUGACGAUGGUGGCGUGCUGAACCCCGGCGACUCGUGGCGCUGCGAUCGCUGCUGGUACCAGCACCCCGCGCCGGAGUCGGACCCAUUCUACCAGAGCAACGUCAAGAUUCUCAUGUACAUUUGCGCGGGCAUCCUUUUGCUCUCAUACUUGAUCGGCCUAUGGUUCUCCUUGCGCACACACGCGUCCCAGAUCUGGCAGAACCCACAGCAGCUGAUGCAGAAGGAGGCUGAGCAGCUGCAAAUCCCUCGCGCGCACCUUGCGCGUAUCACGCCGGCUAACCUCAACAACCCGAUCCUGCCAGUUCACAGCAAGCCCGAGUCUAUCCGCGACGGCGUAUCGCCCAUGAGGCCGAUGACUAUGUCGAUUGCGCAGUCAUCAUCCCACGCGAAGAACGCAGCGCCUCAUCGCCCCGACGCCUCGCCGCGCCCUGGAACCUCUCCGGUGAAGUACGGGGCGCAAGCGUCGCCGCGCCAACCUCUGCGCCCGGAGUUGGGCGAGCAGGCCGGUGGACAAGCACAGACCGUGCACACCGGGUACACGCCUUAUCUGCAGGCGCUAGAGCAGAACCGCAACAUGGACCCGAUGGCGCUCGGCCCCCAGUUGACGUCCGAGGAUUUCCGUCGCGCGGUGCGCACGCUUGCAGCCGUUACCGAACUACAGCGGAAGGGAGAGGCCCACCCGCACAUGGAGGAGGCAGGCGGGCACGAAGCACCGUCAUGGACUCGUGGGAUGUCCGCUGCUGUUCUGCUGGGCUGUACGCUGCUGUACGCUGCGAUUGCCGAGGUGCUCGUAGACGUGGUUGACGUCGUGCUGGCCGGCUCGGGUGUGGACGAGAAGUUCCUCGGCCUCACGCUCUUUGCCCUCGUGCCCAACACGACCGAGUUCAUGAACGCGAUGUCGUUCGCGAUGAACGGCAACAUUGCGCUGUCGAUGGAGAUUGGCUCGGCCUACGCGCUCCAGGUCUGUCUUCUGCAAAUUCCCGCCAUGGUCGCGUUCUCGGCGUGGUACUCUCCAAAGGAGUUCGGCGAUGUCGUGGACACGUUUACUCUCAUCUUCCCGCGCUGGGACGUCAUCGCCAUCAUCCUCGGCAUCUUCCUGCUCACGUACACGUACAUCGAAGCACGGUCCAACUACCACCGCGGCUCAAUUUUGGUGCUUUCGUACUGCGUCCUCAUGCUCGGCUUCUACUUUGCUCCUGUGCGGGACAACGAGGACGAGGGCAUUAUUGUGGGCGGGCCGUGGGCUACGGCCGCCGGCAGCGUGGCCGACACCAUGGCGGUGGCCAUCACCAAGUUGUGGGCAUAGGAGGGGGCGGAGCGUCCCAAGACGCACAGACUCGGCGACUUUAGUCGAUUGUGCAUCCUGCCUAAUAGCACUCAUUCUGUCAUCAUUCUAGUCUUGUUAUGAACUUGUAUGUCGCGUCGGAGUAUGGAGAGGGUUGAAG